AUGCCUCUGACGUCAGUCCUUUGCAAGGCAGCUAUUUAUGUGCCCACCAGGUUAUCGCACAUCACCAGAUGGUACCUAAUGUCUCACCGGCACUACACCAUAAAGGUUGGAGACCGCGCAGAACUUUCCCGAACCUUUACCCAAAUUGAUAUUCAAAUCUUCUCUGAACUCACUGGGGACACAAACCCCCUGCACUUGGAUAACGCAUUUGCUAAGGACACACGAUUCGGAAAAACUGUUGUCCAUGGAGUCCUUAUCAAUGGCUUGGUGUCUGCCGUCCUGGGAACUAAACUGCCAGGGCCGGGUUGUGUCCUUCUGUCCCAGGAAAUCCGCUUUCCUUCGCCCUUACAUAUUGGGGAGGAGGUUACUGCCUCAGCGCAGGUAGCGGCCCUCAAGCGAUCACUGGCCAUUGUGGCUGUGUCCUGCCUUGCAAGAGAGAGCGGCCGGACUGUUAUGGAGGGGACAGUGAAAGUGUUAAUAGCUGAAAAUAAAUCUUAAGUCUUUCUGUUCUAACAGCAAAAUAUUCAUCAGAAGUCAGAAAUGCUGUGUGUGUGUGUCUGCAUUUAACCAUGUUAUAAACAGCCUGUGUGCUAUGUAUUUAUGUUGCCAUCACUAUCCCUAAAUAAACCUUAACUCACAAAAAUAA